AAGAGUUGGUUGGGUGUAAGUUGAACGAUAACGAGACAGUUUUAUCUGUGAUCUCUGUUUUGAGGAAGCAAUAGAAAAUGGCGUACAGAAGAAGACAAGGCCUAUCAAGAGCUUCCACAUUCAAGGAAGAUUUUCCUUCAUCAUUGGAUAAUAAUAAUGAUUCUGAUCCUCAACAAAAUGGUCAUGCACCUUCUCUAUCUUCUUCUUCUUCUUCUUUGUCUUCGUCUUCGCUCGCCGCUCAAGCUAUUCAAGCUUCUGCUUCUCGUAAUCGUCAACCCGCUCUUUCCUUCGCUUUUGACAAAUUCUCUCAUCCUGAACAUCAAAGAUCUGCGAGUUUUGAUGCUUAUGGAAAUGACAACACCAAGUCUGGUUUUUGGGGUGUAUUGGCUCAUAAAGCCAAAUCAAUUCUGGAUGAUAAAAAUUCAGCUCCUCCUCCACAACAUGACACCAUGUCAUUGCCACAAACACUCAAAUCACACUCAUUUAAUACCUUUACUAGUCCUUUUUCAACUCAGCCAUUGUAUCAAUCUCCUGACUCUAAUAAAAAAAUGGACAAUCCUACAAUUAGAAAGGGAUUGGAUGCAAUCAGUUCUUCCCUCAAUCACUUAGGUGACACAUUUGAGAAGGCUUAUGAGGACAGCAAAACAAUGGUGGAGAGUAAGACAGCAGAUCUGAGAUCUCAAAUAAGGCGAAAAGGAAAUGGACCGGAGGACAUAAACCAAGCUUCAGAUGUGAGGAAUCCAUGGCCGCAAUCCGAUCUGACAAAGUCUCCUUCUCGCCAUGAAACACAACUCAAGGCAUCACGCGACGUGGCAAUGGCAACAGCUGCAAAAGCAAAAUUACUUCUUCGUGAGCUAAAGACCGUUAAAGCAGAUUUGGCAUUUGCUAAAGCACGUUGUGCUCAACUUGAAGAAGAAAAUAAAUUACUCAGGGAACGAGAGGGCAGCGACAAGGGACUAAACCGUGAUGAUGACGACCUGAUUCGGCAUCAACUGGAGACACUUCUAGGUGAGAAAGCACGUUUGGCUAAUGAGAACGAGACAUAUUCAAGGGAAAACCGUUUUCUGAGGGAAAUUGUAGAAUAUCAUCAGCUGACAAUGCAGGAUGUGGUGUAUUUGGAUGAGGGUAUGGAAGAAGUGACAGAACUUUAUCCUAUGGAUGCUAAUGGAGUUGCCAGGCUACUAUCUGGCUCGCCACACUCGUCAUCACCAACAUCACCUGAUGAGGUUAUUCUCGGGUCAGCAAAAGCAAUGUUUCCUGUGCCAGAAGAAGAGGAUGAUGAUAAGAGUACAUCAGAAGAAAAUGAGACUCCUAGUCCUCCUAGUGUCUCAGUUUCUAAACAUGCAAAAUGAUCACCACCCUUUUUUGUUCAUAGGGUAGCUUUAGAUGAGGUUCUUUUGUUUUGAGGAAUAUAUGCGUGCUUUUUGACAUAUAUUCAUUCAUUUAUUAUACCUGAUUGCAAUGUGAGGACUGAGGAAAAGGGUGGGUGUAUUUGUGACAGCCCAAAUUUGUUGUGUGUGUAACUUUCCUGUCACUGUAAGGUUGGUUUGGAAAAUUCUUUAAUUUUGUUCAAAUGUAUUGGCUGAUCAUAUUUUGUUGAA